AUGGAUUUAUUCCCAAAUGUUAAGGAUCUGACAAUCCGAAGGUGUAGGGAUCUAGAAUCUCUUACAGUUGUAGAACAAGAUCAACAUGAUUUAGUGGCCUUGUCGUCUCUAACUAUCGGAGAGUGUUCUAAUUUUGUGUCAUUUCCGAUAGGAGGAUUGCACGCCACCAACCUUGGAAAGUUAGAUAUCGGGGAUUGUGAGAGUUUGAGAUCGCUACCUGACAAGAUGCACAUGCUCCUUCCAUCUCUUACUGAAUUUUCUAUACGAGAGUGUACAAAUAUUGAGACGUUUCCAGAAGGAGGCUUGCCUUCCAGUCUGAAUGAACUUCAUAUUUUGAAUUGUGAGAAACUCGUUGAGAGUCGGAUGGGGUGGAGUUUGCAAAAUCUUGUCUCUCUUAGAGAAUUGAUAAUUUCCGGUGGAUCGAAAUUAGAUGUGGUGUCUUUUCAGGAGAAGGGGUUGCUUCCCACAAAUCUGACCGCUCUUGGGAUUAUUGAAUUCCCAAAUUUGACGUCGUUCGACAAGAAUGGGUUUGAGAACCUCACCUCACUUUUAGGGUUGUUAAUCGCAGACUGUCCAAAGCUGGAGUGCAUCUCAGAAGAGGGGCUUCAACGCCUCACCUCACUUGAAUAUUUGGGAAUCCGGAAAUGUCCGAAGCUGGAGUACUGCAUGUUAGAAGAGGGGCUUCAACACCUCACUUCCCUUUCUCAUCUAUGUAUCAUUAAUUGUCCUUUAUUAACGAAGAGAAGGUGGUGGGAAAGAAGAGAAGGAAAAGAAUGGCGGCGCAAGCUUGCUCACAUCCCCAAAAAAAUAGUUGACUGGGAAUUGAUUGAGUGA